AUGGGAUUGCCUGAAGAGCGUUCCGGCAACGAAAGUUCCAGCGACGGUGCGCCUCUCGGCGGGAGGGCCACGAUGGAAGAUUUGGCCAGCGCGAGUCGGGGUGUCGAUGAGAGGAAGCUGGUCCGCAAGCUGGACUUGUAUCUCAUCCCGCUCAUCAUGGGUAUUUACCUAUUCAGUUUCGUGGACAGAGUCAACCUUGGCAACGCUCGCCUCUACGGGCUCGAGGAGGACCUGGGCCUCAGCACGUCGCAGUUCCAGGUGGCCGUAUCCAUCUUCUUCGUGACGUACAUGGUGUUCGAGGUGCCGUCGAACCUGGUGCUCAAGCUCUUCACGCCGCGGCGCUGGAUCGCCUUCAUCACGGUGUCGUGGGGGCUCGUCGCGACGCUCAUGGGCCUCGUCACGUCCUACGGCAGCCUGCUGGCGUGCCGGCUGCUCCUGGGCGCCUUGGAGGCGGGCCUCUUCCCCGGGCUCAACAUCUACCUGACCUUCUUCUACACGAGGAACGAGCUCGCCCUGCGCGUGGGGUACCUGUUUGUCAGUGCGGCGGCGGCGGGCGCGCUGGGCGGCCUGCUCGCCUACGGCAUCGGGCACAUGGACGGCGUGCAGGGCCUCGGCGGGUGGCGGUGGAUCCUGAUCAUCGAGGGCAUCCCGAGCGUCGUCCUGGGCGUGGUGACGUACUUUGCGCUGCCGAACGAUGCCGAGACGGCGUGGUUCCUGGACGACGCUGAGAAGGCGCUCAUGGAGGUCAGGAGGAGGAGGGAGUAUGGGAGCACCAAGGGCAGCGGCGGCAUCGAGAAGAGGGAUGUGCUGAGGGCCGUGACGGACUGGAAGGCCUGGGCUUUUUACGUUGCGCAGUUUGGGGUUGAUACUAUGCUUUAUGGCUUUUCUACCUUCUUGCCGACAAUCAUCCAGGCGCUGGGGACGUGGACGACGGCGCAGGUCCAACUCCUUACUAUACCGUGUUACUUUCUCGGCGCGGCGGCUUACAUGGGCACGGCAUUCUUGUCGGACCGUAUGCAGAUGAGGGGUCUAUUUUGUGUCAUUUUCGGCUCCAUCAGCGUGGUCGGCUACGGAGUGCUGCUGGCGGACGUGGCGACUAGUGUGCAUUAUUUUGCGUGUUUCCUGGUAGCAGGCGGGCUAUACGUUGUUGUUGGGCUACCAUUGGCAUGGUUGCCAAACAACUCGCCGCGGUACGGCAAGAGAGCAACGUCGACGGGAUUGCAGCUUACUUUUGGCAAUGCCGCCGGCGUCAUGUCGGCUUUUAUUUACCCCAAGCCCGAUGCCCCGAGAUAUAUUCGCGGCCAUGCUGUCUGCCUGAGCAUGGUGGGCAUGGGCACGGCGAUUUACGGGUUUCUGUGGUUUUGGUACUGGAGGCAGAAUAGGAGGCGGGAGGCCGGUGUGAUGGAGGAGAAGUUUAGGGAUAUGGAGGAGGAGGAGUUGAUGGAGCUGGGGGAUGAUAGCCCGCGGUUUAGGUAUAUGAUAUGA